AUGUAUAAUGAUGAUAGCAAGUUUCCAGGCAACGUUGAUGUCACUGAACUCCCCUGGGUUGAAAAAUAUCGACCAAUUUUAAUGAAGGACGUAAUAGGAAAUGAAGACGUCGUCAGUAGAUUGCAAAUAAUAGCACAAAAAGGAAACAUGCCUAAUAUGCUUUUAUCUGGCCCACCCGGCAUUGGUAAAACGACGAGUAUCCUGUGCUUAGCAAACGAAUUAUUAGGUCCUCACGCUAAGAAUGCUGUAUUAGAGUUGAAUGCUUCUGAUGAUAGAGGUAUUGAUGUUAUCAGAAAUACGAUUAAAACAUUCGCACAAACUAAAGUCACGCUCCCACCUGGCAGACAGAAAAUUGUUAUCCUUGAUGAAGCUGAUAGCAUGACAUCUGGUGCUCAGCAAGCACUUCGUCGUACUAUGGAAAUUUAUUCCAAUACGACCAGGUUUGCUUUGGCGUGCAACACGUCAAAUAAAAUCAUUGAACCUAUUCAAAGUAGAUGCACUAUUUUAAAAUAUAGUAAAUUGUCGGACAAAACAAUAUUGAAGAGGUUGCUUGAAAUUUGUAAACUUGAAGGUGUGAAUUAUAAUUUAGAAGGCCUCGAAGCUAUCAUUUUCACCGCUGAAGGGGAUAUGCGUCAGGCUAUCAACAACCUUCAAUCAACGUUUACAGGAUUUAGUUUUGUCAAUGCUGAAAAUGUUUAUAAGGUUUGCGAUCAACCGAGUCCUACUGCGGUAACAAAAAUCCUUGAUGAUUGCUAUAACUACAGGGUGGAUGAAGCGUUGAUGGGAUUAACUGAACUUUGGGAAAAAGGUUACAGCGCGAUGGAUAUUAUUACAACAAUGUUUCGUGUAGUGAAAUUUAAUAACGAAUGGCCAGAAGGACAAAAGCUAGAUUUUAUAAAGGAGAUUGGAUUCGCUCAUAUGAAAAUUUUGGAAGGCAUUUCUACUCAUCUCCAACUCAUUGGUCUUGUGUCACGACUGUGUAUGUUGUCGGAAAUAAAUUAG